AUGGUCACGUUAAAUGCCAGCAUGAACGUGACGAGGGAAGUGCAGAGCCAGCGAUGGGUGAAAUUCGACUGGCCCUUUGAGCCGUGGCCAUGCUCGUGGCAGGUUAGAGCAGUUGUGAGCAACAGUCUCAGUCACUUGUUCAGACAUUUCAUUGAUGAUCACGUGGUCACUAGCUGCCAAGAAAAAAUCCAGCACUGGAAGAAGGUGGAGAGCGAUUAUGAGGCUCUUCAGGAGCGACUCCGUACGUUGCCCGAUAAGCUGUCCUACGAUAUCAUGGUACCUUUUGGUCCUCUUGCCUUCAUGCCGGGAAAACUUGUCCACACCAAUGAGGUUACUGUUCUGCUUGGGGACAACUGGUUUUCAAAAUGCUCAGCAAAGCAGGCUGUUGCGCUGGUUGAGCACAGAAAAAAACAUGUAAGGAAAGCACUGGAUGAUUUGCAAAAAGUCAUGAAGAAUUUUGAAUCACGAGUUGAAUUCACAGAAGAUUUGCAGAAAAUGAGUGAUGCUGCAGGUGAUUUUGUUGACAUAAGAGAAGAAAUUGAAGAUGAUAGCAUUGAAACAAAAGGAAAACACCGAACUGCUCACAAGCCUCAUUCAAAGCCAAAAGUAUCAAACGUUUUUGAGGUAGAUUUUCCAGCAAAUGGAAGUGAUACAAAAUCAAUGGGCCGUUUUCAGUCAGAGGAGGAACUGUGGGCCCGCUUAGAAGAGCUCGAGAGACAAGAAGAGAUACUUGGUGAACUUGACAGGAUGCCUGAUACAGUUGAGACAAAUGGAGAAGAUACAACCUCCUCUGAAGAGGAGAAAGAAGAUAAGAGGACAGAUCUGAAUGGGACAUACAGAGGAGAAGACUGUACUACUCAGGGCAACUUCCAUAAAGACAUAACAAAUUCAGACUUGUUUGGUGGCCAAGUUAAUGGCUCUACCUACUAUCACAGUGAUGAUGAAGAUGACGUAGAUGUUGGAGAUAGCUCUGUUCCAACUAUUUUUUUCUCUCACACUGUGGAACCUAAAAGGGUAAGAAUAAAUACAGGAAAAAAUACUACUUUGAAAUUCAGUGAAAAGAAAGAAGAGGCCAAGCGUAAAAGGAAGAACAGCAAUGGCAAUGGCCAUGCAACUCCAGAACUGCCUAACAUCAAAACCCCAGCAGACAUUUACCGAGUCUUUGUUGAUGUUGUGAAUGGAGAAUAUGUCCCUCGUAAAUCAAUUUUGAAGUCUCGAAGCAGAGAGAACAGUGUUUGUAGCGAUACCAGUGAGAACAGUGCUGCUGAGUUUGAUGACAGACGAGGAGUUCAGAGGAGUAUUAGCUGUGAUGAAGCUACUCAGAGUGACAACAGCGAAGGCAUACUGGAGGAAGAGGAGGAGGAGGGGCAGCAGCAGCUACCGAAAAAGCUUCCUCCCUCUUCAGGGACAACCGAGGCAUUUUCCGGAACCGUUAUAGAAAAGGAGCCUUUGUCUCCCUCCUUGACACCACACCCAGUCAUUGCUCACCCGGUCCUGCCCACCAUUCUGGAGCGAAAAUCAGAGGAGGUUUUGUCCGAAGCGUCAGAAGAAACUACAAAGAGGAUUUCAAAAUUCAAAGCUGCCAGGAUGCAACAGACUAACUAGGUCCUGCCCUGCCGGCCGCGGCGGUGGGACUGGCGCCCAGGUUCGCGUGGGUCGAGGUGGUGGGAAACCCUCUGCGUUACACCUGCCUAGUUAAAAAAGAGUGUCCUGUGUUCAUUUGGCGUUGGUUAUCUUUUAAACGUUUAUUGGCAACGUUAAAAAAAAAGUUCAGUGUUUGAACACUUGAGGAUUUAUCUGAUUUUGUGGAUUUCCCUGUGUGCUGUCAGCACCUCUGUAUAUGUUUGCCUUAUGAUAGCAGCACUUGGGUUCUUUCUCAAAAACUGUUCCUUACAUACAUUGUUUUUGUGUUUAAACCUAAAUACAGGCAGUUUUGUGCCAGCUGUGAUGUUCCACAUACCAUAUGGACCAUUUUAAGGAAACUUUUCACAUUUCAAAUAGAUGCACCAAUUAUAUUGCAUUACUUGCUUUAGCAUUUUAAGCCACACUUGUAUUCACAUUGUUGUAGGUUUUGCAGCUAGGUGUCUGCUGGAAGAUUUUUUCCUUCUUUCAAACCUCUCUGAUGUCUCCCUGUACAGAUCUAUAAACGCUGGGUUCAUGUACAUUGCAGGGAAGUUUCUUUGAUGGAAAAGGGUAUUUUGUAAAAUUAAAUUUUCAGUAAAAAAGCUGUGAAA